AAAAAAUCUAUACCAAAAAUCACCUUCUUCAUACUUGAUGAGUGCUUCUAUAGUAUAACUAUAUACAACGUGCGAAAUUGAUCUUCAUUAUAUUCGGUCAUUGCAACAUUCAUUCCGUGUCCUUAGUCUGCGUCCAUGUUAUGUAGUAUUUUCCAGUCACAUCAGAAAGCAUCAAAACAUCAACCUGCGUUGUCCGUCAAAGUUUGAGCAUUAGUUUCGUGCAUCUACUUAUAACUUUUGAAAAUCUGCGGAGGUUUCGAAGAUUUUAGCUGCAGCGUGCGAUCAUUGAUGACAAUUAUAACUCCAUGGAUACGUCGCAGACAAUACUUUAUUUUUCCAUCUGGACGGAUCUAGCCAUCAAACAAAAAUCAAAACCACAUAGUGCAGAGGGUGACAGGUUUUGGAAUGAGAGGUUAUCUUCAGUUUUGAAUAUAGUUGAGGUGAAGUCGAUAACAGCAAAACAACAAGACGGGAUGAAACACCGAUCCCAAAGUCUACUACUGUGAGUGGCUUGUAUGAAUAUUUUAGAUGUUGAAGUUGUUCUGUUGUAUUUCGUAUAUAGCAUGAUAUGAACUAGCGCAUAUAUGUUAGCCAUUUUCAAUUACUAAUAUCAUAAUUUUAUAGUUGUAGUGAUGUUUGAGCGGUUGUAGAAGCCGGUUCAUCUAGGAGACCGAAGAACACUAUUUCUUAGAAACUGUGUACAAAAGAGUAAACUUACCAUUAAGUUUUGAGGAACUUCAUCAUCUGUAGUGGGAUAAAAAGACUUCUUGAGUUGUAGCACUAGUACUAGACGGGACCACUAUCUAGGGCUUCGGUUGCGCCGAAAGUAGAGGCUUUAUUGACUUCUUAGCAUGAAUGGUUGUAACCCUUUCGAGAUACUACCACCAUUGGUGUGAAUUUUUUUUUUGUGAUAACACAAAGACACCGCCAGGAUAUCUUUGUGCAGUGCGGCAUGGGCAUUCUGGGACGACACUGUUUAGUGAAACUUCUCUUUGUAUAGCAAGUAGCUCACUAACAAGGAAACCUACUGUUCUGUGGUCUUUUGCUUAAACAGACGAUGAGUCUUGUUCUUGAACAAAAGUAACUAUUGAGAAUCUACAAGCAGUGAAAGGGGAAAAAAGCGAUCGAGCAGCAUACCACGUAUGCACAUAUGAUUAUAGCAUAGUGAAGGGCCAACGAGCUGCGGCAACAUUAUUGUGAUAAAAGUGUGUGUAUGAAAGAUUCAAAAUGUUUUAGUAUUGCCCUGGAACAUCUACUUAGAUGAAGCAUGAUAGUCCACGGGGCAAGACAUAACUGAAAGCAUGAUACGAAAUCAGUGUAGAAUUACAAAUCUGGUAUUUUCUGAAUGUAACCCAACGCUACUAGCUGCUUCUAUCUAGUGUCAGGUCUAGACCAGUAUUUUUUCUUAAAUAUCAACAAAUAAGCUCGUAACUGGUAAAUAUCACCAGCACUCAAGUAGGAAGAGGAGGUGAGUCUUUCUCUUGCGUUUUCGGGGAAUAGUACUGCGCGUCUCUUGUCUCAGGAUGUCCUUCAGCUAGGUGCCCAGACGCCCUUCGAGAGGGGUUCGCAUCUGUGAAAACAUCCUUUUUGUAGAAAGGGGGCUGACCCUUCUUGACUCAGGCUGGAGGUUUUUUUUUGGUUUGGAGGGACGUGCGUGGUCAGUCUGUGAAGGUCUUUCUUUCAUCUGUCGGUACGGGGCGGCACACCUUGCGACGUGAUUAAUGACGCUACCUAUAGCCAUGUUGUAGGAUUGUGGUGCCGCCUCUAGGAAAUUCUCUCAGACUCUGAUCUUUUUUUUCUUUCGUUAGGUCGUUAGACACCAGUCUAUCGCCUCUUCCUCUGUUAGACGUUAAGAUGUCUUAAGUAAGAGCGACUAGAUGGCAGAUCCGUCUACCUGAUACAAUCGCUAGGUAAGAAGUUUUAAGGCUUGAUGGAGUAUCAUUAGGUCUAAAACAUAAUCCAUCCUGAUAUGAUGGAAAGUGUAGCUUCUACUUAGUGAGGGGCAGCAUUUUUCUUCUACAAAGAGAUGGUCUGCUUCACGUUGUGAAGCCUUUCGACGGUCGUCCGAGAAUUGCCCUCGGGCUUUUUCUUCUGAGAAGCUAGCAGAAAUAGCUUUUUCGUAGACUAAGAAAAGAAAAGGGACAACGAACAUGUUCUUGUCAUAUUUGGUCUCCCAUUCCCACUUACAUAAGGCUUCGGUCUAUUAACUCUCGCAUAUUCUACACGACCAAACAGACAAUAUCUUCUAUUUUGAUAGCAAGAAGAUUAUAGUUUUGAUAAAAAUUGUACGACACUGACUUGUACGAAAAAGAUAUAGUUUGAUUGAAGAAUAUAGUACCAAACGCUGGGACCUCGAGAAUGUCUGAAUAUGGCUACGGGCGGUCCGGUCAGGCCUUCGGGUCGUCAAGGCACAUCCGCGCGCGAGGUACCAUUCUUAUAUUUGAAAAUGGUUGAAUAUGUUUUGCGACGAAAAAAUAAGAAAUUGAUCGAAUCAUAUCACAUCGAUCUUAUAUCUACAACACCAAUUUUCUUACGUCAUACGACAAACAUACAACAAAAAACAACAGAUACACAGCAGCGGAGGAACCAGUUCGGCGGAGGGCGCGGUAACGCAGUGCGCGGGAACAAUAGGUGGAAUGGUGGCGGACGAGGAAGUACUCGGUGGGAGCAUGAGGAAGCGGCCGAGGCCGCGGACUUGGACAGGAACUGGCGUAGUAGCAACAACCGCAUCACCGCGUCUACGAGAUUCGGGCAGCAAUUCAUUCUAGGAGGUGGAGGCGCUCAUAGCUCCUCUCUCGGAGCGGGCUCUAGUUCCGACGGCGGAGGCCAUUCCGAUGGGUCGGGAUCGCACAACAACCGACGUGGUGGCGAUGGACGCGGCGUGGAGUUGCGCGAUCAGUCUUUUGGUUCAACCGGAGGAGGUCCUCUUCAUGGUGAUGAGUACCAACAGGGCUACAACCAACGUGGUGAUCUUCAAGAUUAUGACGAGGACCACGAGCAGCGUGGGACUAUUUCCCGCAAUGAACGGAGCCAAGAACGUCCACGGUUCUUCAAUAAUAUGAAUGUCGGAGGAGCGCCGGGUUCUUUGGCUGGAAAUUCCGCGUCAGCAUCGGGUAGUAGCAUGAUCAACCACUAUGGGGGUGGCAGCUCGUCAACAAGCGGAACGUGGCGCGACCGCAGCGGAUCAGGAUGGGGGAACAACCAUGGAAAUAAUUUUAACACCAGUAGCAACUCGAACUCGACUUACCCUGCCUCGUCUCCAACGAUUGCUGCAGGCGGUAGCCGACGAAAUUCCGUCGAAAUGGAAGACGUGGAGGGGGCAACUCUGGGAUGCGAUUCCCGUCCUACUUCUUCCAGCACGACGGUGUCUACCACGACAUCAUCCACCUUUGCUUCACCGGACAACUCGUUCGACAACCAGCCAAAUUACCACUACAACAAUGCGGGAGCACCGUUUCUUGAUACCGUCACAGCGUCGGUUUCGGGUGGGACAAGUAGCAGUAGCGCCGCAUCAGGAGGAGGGCAACGCACGAACCUUGGCGCUCAACAGCGUUAUAACAACUACGGUAGUCAACAUUUUGUCGCCGGAGAUGGAAGUCAUGGUGCGGCGACUGCGGCUGCUUCCUCUAGUAGUUCUGGUCCGGCUAUGGACCCAACUACAACGCACAGCCGAUGGGCAGCUGCAGAGGAGCGUGGCUCGUCCCUGGAAGACCGGCCACGAGGAGAAAGUUUCGCGACGAGCCGCUUCGGCGCUGCUUCUGCGCCCCAGUCGCAGUUGGUACGCGCCAUGAGCGUCGACGCCGAGGAGUUUCCGAUCCACGACGCUGACGACGAUGACGACAUGGCAGGUAGCGGAUAUGGGUCGGCACUGCUUCCUCCGCGACAUGCCGCUCCGAGCAGUAUUCUCGGAAGCAGCAGCAGUAGCAGCAGAGGCGCCGGGGGGCUUCUUGGCGGGAUUAUGUCGAAUAACAAUUUCGGCGGACUAUCGGCGACAUCUCACAGUGGGCACUUCGGGAACCCGAAUAGUGGAAGCGAUUUUUUCCUCGAUACGAACGGUAGAGAUCAGUUUUCAACGGAUCCUGGGUCAUUUAGCCUGUUCAGCAGCGGCAUUUCAGAGAACAAUCAUCAAGGUAACUCCUGGCAACAGCGCUCACAGCAUGUAACACUAGUGGGACGUGGUGGACCAGUGAUCCCUUCGGCGGGUCCCGCGAGUGCCGCCGCGUCAAGCUUCAACGGGCAAGCGGCGUCAGGGCAGCAGCUGGGCGGUGGACUGUUCACCAGCAGUAAUACAAGCGGCGUUAUGAACCAAGGAGUAGGUGCUCCGCAAGUGCCUCCACGGCAGCCCACGGCACCCCACCGGUCAGCUCCUGCACCAGGCUUCUCAUCGAAUGACAGCAGCAGGAACCAGCCCCCGCAGAAUCCUUUCAUGUCGCAUCGCAGUGUCUUCGACAACGACGGGUUGAGCAGCGCGCCCGCGGGUGGGGAUAUCGUGCUGGAGCCGAAUCCCCGAUGGCAGGCCAUGUUCGGCGGCGGUCCGAGUGGCCAGCACAAUCCCGAGCAACAGCACCAUGACGCCGGGGGACCACCGCACCAGCCGCUGCGGAGUAACUCCCACCACCAAGAUGCCGUUCGCAGAAACAACCCAUUUUUGCAGGAGACAGAACAGUCGAACACUUCCGUCUUCGAAAGCAGCGGUCCUAUGGACCACUUUCACCCGCGACAAGUUGCGAACCCUUUCCACGGAAGUUCUACUUCGAGUAGCAUCAACGGCCCGUCCUGGCGCUCAGGCGCGCGACCAGCCCCGUUUUUCGGCGGCCCGAUCCAGGAUCAGAGCCCACGCUGGAACGACUUCCACAACGGAACGAAUACGCAGAGACGUGCGGGAAACAAGCGGCAUCGGGCCAACAACUACAAUGCGCCGGGCGAAGCAGGUACUGUCCGUCAAUUUACGAUAAAUUUGUUGCUUUCAAUAACAGACUAAGUACAGUCUUGUCAUGUUUUAGGAAUAAUAAUGAUUUUCUAUGAUCCAUUCAGUGCUCCUUUUGUUCAUCAACCUUGCUGGUAUCAUGUGAUGAAAUUUUGCGUUUAAGUAUUCCGAAUUUACCCGCCUCAUGAUGUUUCAAGGAUAUUUGAGUGCUCAAAACCACUGAGAGAACCUUAUUAUACUCUUCCUUCACAUUGUUUUAGAUACAUCGAGUCGGACGCGUUCGGGCACCAUGUCGGAGGAAAGUACUGCUCUUAUAGUUGACCCUGAUACGCGGCUGUCUUGUAUGUCAAACGAGAGUGUUUGAUUGUGAAAACAAAAUCUGCUUCGUAUAUAAAAUAGGAGGUAGUACAACCUCGGAUGCAUUAUAACUUUUAAGUGUUUAUUGGCACGGAGUUGUGGUGAGAACGAGAGACACGAACGGAUAUGCUUCAUCUGCUGUUGGUGCACCGUGAUUUAGCCAUUCGUUGCUUCCAGGUCGCGCUAAUGCAAACAAGUAUGACAUGAGAGUGAAAAAGGUCUUUGGUGCUGCACGUGGUUUGAUGCCUCAAGAUAUUCAAAUUGGAUUUAUUGGCCAUCUGUUACUACAUACGCUCAUGUCUUAUUAGCACGGUAGGUGAAUUGAAUCACUAUUUAUGGACGGUCAGGUGCCGUAUCUUAGAAGAUUUACGUUUUGGAAACAAGUCGGGUGAACUUUAGUAUAAACGUUUAGAUGAUCGUCCAAUUAGCUUUUUUAUAUCUCAAUCUUAGGUCUCCUGGCUGCCUUGGCGAGUAUUGCAGGACCCGCUUUUUCUGACAGGACUGCGUGCGACGAUGCUAUUGAUCCCAUCAGCCAACAGCGAAUCUGGGACUCGGUUUCUGCCGACACCAGCGACGCGAAUAACAACAAUAACAACUUCAAGGUGAAUAGUGCAUCUGCUGGCGGGCACUUGCAAGAGCACGGGGCCGACGAGAACAAGAACUUUUUGAACACUAAUAACAAAGGAGCAGACGUGGACGAUCUUGAUAUUACGUUCAAAGUUACCGCUACAACUAGGACAACACCUGCAGAAAAACAAAAAGGAACUCGUGCCGCGUCGUCAUCGCGCCGUGCAAAUUUGAGCGAGAUUCAAUACCUCUUCAGCUACAAGGAGGCCGAUGACAAUGGGCGGGAGUGGGUGCGUGGUUUCGCGAUCGAGAGCGUGCAACAGCUUCUGCUGCAAGCUCGCAAAGGUAGCGUAUGGCCGACUCACCCGGUGACUGGGCGAUCGAUUCCCGCUGCUGCUGUAGCCCAGGCCGAACGCAUGAUUCAACUGCUCAAAGACGCUGGUCGCAUUGCGCCUGUGGAAGACGAAGACCCGACAACUUGGACGCUCCAGGAAAUACGUAUAAUUUUGAUUACUUACCUGAAGCGGAGUGAAGCACAUUCAACAUGUUCCAUUCGUUUUUCAAAGUCUCUGUCUCUCGUCAUUCUCUAGGUACACAUCAGUUGGAGUCUUUCAAGUAUUCUUACAAUUAUUCAUUGACCAGUUUUGCAUUAAAGUGUUGCUGCUAUUUAUUAGAGUCUUAGUCUUCUUACUACUUCUCAAUCCUACCUCAGUUUCGAGUACCUCUCCUAUGGCGUCGAUGAAGAAAUUGGCUUUCAGCGUGUUCCAGCCGUUCUAUAUCAAGAGCAGCAUCGAGAUCGAUGAAGAAUGCGUCCUGAAGCUGCCACUAAAGGACCUGAAAACCCUCGCAAAGGAGACAAAGGGAAUGUUCCUUCGCAACUUUGACGCCACACAGCGACGCCUCCUCUGCCCAGAAACUCAAGGACAAGCUUUUGGCGACUGCCCCUACUGGGAAAACGACGUGGUACCUCCUUUUUUUUUCAUCUCCCUUCUUUCAUUCUACAACUCCUCAUUGCCUUUCGUCAUUGCGCAGCAUCAUGAAGAAAAAACUAGUCUUCGGGGUAUUUGAUAUAACGAUCGGAAAAAAGGACAACGGAGAAGAUUUUGUUGUACUUCCAAUGUUUAUUCAAAAAGAUGUCAUUUGAGCUCGACACCCAUUACAUCACCAUUUUUUCAGAUUCCGUGGUUAUACUUCAUUCUGAGUAAUAUUCACUACGUCACGGCCUAUCCCAAUGCCGAAUGUCCGGAGCAUCUUCGAAAAAUGUCGAUGUACGUUUUCGUUGCCGCGAUUGCUGUCGUCUCUCCUACGGUACUGCUUGCUUCUUGAUGACACAACAUGAAGCAUAAAUGAUUUAUUUGUCGGACGUGAAUUGUAGUGAAGUAUUUUAGAUGACAUUCAAGAUGUACUACUACGUUGUAAGUAGAGUUUUAUUCUUUUCCACUUUUUAUAUCGCAUUAAGCUUAAAAGAAGUCGAAUUCUUUUCCACCAUUGUGGCGUGAAAAACUACAUUGUCAGGUUCGCGAAAGAUACUCCGACUCGUUUGCUUUGGAUUUCGAGAUGAACGAUAUGGGAAUGCAGGAUGUACGCUAG